CAGCACAUUAGAUUCUAUGGCUGACGUGUCUCUGCCUCAUCGCAGCCUUUAAGCAUGCAGUGAAUCUAAAGACCAAUCAUAAUUGGGGUACAAAUUUAUGAGCUUCGGUAAGCAGUACAGAGCAGAGGUCGAGCUAUUUUGUGUGUUUGUGUGGAAAGGAAAGCAGGAAGGGAAGCGCAUGUCACGGGAUCAUCUCGAAAGCUGAAGCUAAAACCUCCAUGAAAACCCCGCCCCUUUCCUCAACUUUCCCCUUCUCCACUUUCCUUGAGGCCGACCGACACAUAUUCCUCCCGUCUUCUUCUUUCCUCGUCUCGAACUUCGAGGCGCCUCGAAGCCGCGUUAUUAAUAAUUAGACGGCGGAGCUAUGGCGCAGUACUCUGUUGUGCCCGCCAAAGUCAUGGAGAGGGGUUGGGAACGUGGUUGUGAGUCGGGAGGGGAAGUGGCCGAGGCGCACAAGCCUGUGCCGGCGCCGUUCCUGACGAAGACGUAUCAGCUGGUGGACGACUCGGAGACGGAUCACAUCGUUUCGUGGGGCGACGACAGGGUUUCUACUUUCGUGGUGUGGCGGCCGCCGGAGUUCGCUCGCGAUGUUCUUCCGAACUAUUUCAAGCACAAUAACUUUUCCAGCUUCGUCCGCCAGCUCAAUACUUACGGAUUUCGUAAGGUGGUGCCGGAGAGAUGGGAGUUUGCGAAUGAGUUCUUUAGGAAGGGGGAGAAGCACUUGCUCUGUGAAAUCCACCGCCGCAAGUCCUCCGCUUCGCCUUCUCUGUUUCCUCCGCUCUACGGCCACCAUUUCGACGACUACAGCCUCGCCGGCUCACCGGUGUGGCAGCAGGACGUCGCCGUCGCCGCUCCGCCGUCGCGUGUCCUCCUCCUAGGCGGCAACGACUUCGGCGCCGGCGCCAGCGGCGGGCAGCAGGCUGCGGUCGUGUUGGCGGAGGAGAACGAGAGAUUACGGCGGAGCAAUGUGACGCUGCUGUCGGAGCUAGCGCACAUGCAGAAGCUCUACAACGACAUCAUCUACUUCCUGCAGAACCACGUGCGGCCCGUCGCGCCCAGCUUCGCCCGACGGCCGAUAGCCGCCCCUCUCCACGGCUGCGGGAGCCCCACGUCGAGCAGCUCCCUCACGAUCGCGGAGGAGCUCUCUCCUCCUCCCCCGCCGCCGCCGCCCUUCCAACUCGACGAACACUGCGCCGGGGAGCCCAAGCUCUUCGGAGUCAAGCUCGGCGGACCAUAUUCUACUAAUGAGAGAAUGUUCCAUCUCCAUGAUCCACCGCCGCCAACUUCGCCCUCCACAAGACCGCGAUUGGUCGACUUAAGCCUCAACCUGACGUCGACAUCUUCUCGUUGAACACCACGACCAUUAAUCUCCGAUCCCGUAGGUCUUCUUGCAUUGAUCUCAAUCUCAAGCUCGGUUCUGUUCUUGUUA